AUGUCACGUGAUAAACAAAUGGAAUCGGAUUCCAACGGGAUCGGAACGGGUCGUAAUAAAAUAAAAAUAACAAUCGGACGAGGUGAUUUAGGUGCCAAAUACGAAUGCAGAGCUAAAAAUGACGCAUUAGACGAACCGUUGGUUUCAUGGGUCGAACUCGACUUUUGUUUUGGCGGAGGGUGA